AUGGCAUCCAGCCUUCCCCCGGUGGCAUCCAGCCAUCUCACAUUGGCAUCCAGCCAUCUCACAUUGGCAUCCAGCCAUCUCACAUUGGCAUCCAGCCAUCUCACAUUGGCAUCCAGCCAUCUCACAUUGGCAUCCAGCCAUCUCACAUUGGCAUCCAGCCAUCUCACAUUGGCAUCCAGCCAUCUCACAUUGGCAUCCAGCCAUCUCACAUUGGCAUCCAGCCAUCUCACACCGGCAUCCAGCCGUCUCACAUUGGCAUCCAGCCAUCUCACAUUGGCAUCCAGCCUCCCUUUGAUGGCGUGUGACCCCCAGCCAAACGACAAUUCAAAAUUUCAACCGAAUACAACGACCAAAUAUUCUACGAUGACAUCUAAUGAGCGUUCCAUCUCUCGCA